GUAAGAAAUGGAUCAUUCAAUGACCUUCACAAACACAAUCAUUGCUAACCUGGUGGAACUUGAUGAAUGAAAGAGAGUGAACUGAAGAGGGAACAUUCUGAUCUAUCUAGAACCUUCAAGCUUGUGUUGGAAACUCAACAAAACAAGGUUAAUAUUUAGUGGAGUUAUGAACUCAUGAUGGAUUGCAUUUCUGGUUUUGCCUCUUCCAUUUCAAGAGAUUUGGUGGUAGGAACAACAAAUCAAUUGCGCUAUCCUUGUUGCUUCAAUGAUUUCAUUGAAGACCUUGAACAAGAGGAAGAAAAGUUAAUCACAACAAGGAACAGUGUUGAAGACCGAGUUAAACAUGCCAGAAAACAAGUAAUAAAGAAUGCUGAAGUUGUGAAUGCAUGGUUGGAGAAAUCUAACCCUCUCAAAGAUAAAGCAGAGGACUUAAUAAGAAAAGCAAGAACAAACAGGAGUUGUUGUUUUGGCUACUGUCCAAAUUGGAUUUGGAAGUAUCAUCUAGCCAAGAAGUUAGCAAAAAGAAGAAAGGAAGUUGAAAUGUGUGUUCAAGAAGGUAAAAUGUAUAUACAAUAUGAAAGGAUUGCUUCACUUCCAAGCAAGCAACAUUUCUUGGAAAAUUGUUUGAAGUUUGAUAGCAGAGAAGGUGACUAUGAGGAGCUUCUAGAGGCACUGAAAGAUGAUGAGGUUACUACUAUUGGAUUGUAUGGCAUGGGAGGUUGUGGUAAAACCACCAUGGCUAUGGAACUUAUGAGGACUGCAGAAGCUGAGAAUCUAUUUGAUAAGGUGCUUUUUGUGUCUGUGUCUAAUAUAGUAGAUGUCAGGAAGAUUCAAGAUAGAAUUGCCAGUGCUUUGCAGUUUCAGUUUCCAGAAGGAGGAGAAUCGGAGAGAGCACAGCGCUUGCGCGCGAGAUUGAAUCUUGAUGACCAGAGAACUCUUGUCAUUCUAGAUGAUUUAUGGCAAUCACUUGAUUUUGGUGUUAUAGGAAUUCCAUCAGGUCAAAACCAUAGAAACUGCAAGGUUCUCAUCACUACACAAUAUGAAACAGUUUGUAGUCUGAUGAAUUGUCAAAGAAUGAUUUACUUAUCUACCUUAACUGAUGAAGAAGCGUGGGAGCUUUUCCAGAAUCAAGCACAACUAUCUGGAAGCACUUCAGAUAACUUGAAGCAUCUGGGAAGACUGAUUUCAGAUGAAUGCAAAGGAUUGCCUGUUGCUAUUGCUGCUCUGGCUAGCACUUUGAAAGGCAAGGCUGAAGAUGAUUGGAAUGUUGCAUUGGUUAGAUUGAGGAAUUCAAUUCCGGUGAAUAUUGAGAGAGGUCUGAAAGAUCCUUAUAAAUGCUUCAGAGUAAGCUAUGACAACUUGGAUACCAAAGAAGCCAAGUCACUUUUCUUGUUGUGUUCUGUGUUCCCUGAAGGUUAUGAAAUCCCGGUUGAAACUCUAAUCAGAUUUGCAAUAGGACUUGGCAUGGUUGGAGAAGUUUGGUCAUAUGAGGAGGCAAGGAGUGAAGUAUGUGCAGCUAAGAACAAACUCAUAAGUUCUUGUUUGCUAUCAGAUAUGGGAGGAGGAAAGCGUGUCAAGAUGCAUGAUUUGGUUCGCGAUGUAGCCCUUUGCAUUGCAAGCAAUGACAACAAGGUGAUCAAGUGUGUGUUAGAAAAGAGUGCAAUUUUGGAAUCCAGAUCAAUAAGGUAUCUGUUGUGUAAGGAGUUUCCAAGUGAACUAAACUGUUCAAGUAUUGAACUUCUAUGCUUAGAAACAAAUUCAGAAGUAUCAGAUGAAAUGUUCAGAACAAUGGGAAGGCUUCAAGUUUUGUUUCUUAGCUGCCAAGGCCUUGGUACUAGCUCAUUAUCAACCAUGUCGUUUAAGUGGUUGAUAAACCUUCGUUGUUUAUGGCUGAAGAUGUGGAAAUUAGGUGACAUCUCUUCCAUGGGAUAUAUGACAAAGCUCGAAAGCCUUACGCUGCUUGGUUGUUCAUUCUUGGAGUUAACUGAAGAUGUAAUGGCACAACUAACAAAAUUGAGGCUGCUACAUUUGUCAGAAUGCAAAAUGGAGAGAAAUCCUUUUCAAGUAAUCGGAAGAAGGCCAUCGUUGGAAGAACUUUACAUUGAUGGUGAGACAUCUAAAUGGGACAAUGGUAAUGGAGACCAAACUGAAUUCUUCAGAAAUUUUAGAGUCCCUCAAGCAUUGGCAAGGUACCAUAUACAACUAGGACACAAAUUUAAGGGUCAUGGAGAUAAAAUCCUUAGCUGUCGUAGAACCUUAAUUCUUAGCUGUUUUGAUACAUCAAAUGCAUCAGCUGUGGCUUUGGCAGAGAAAGCAGAGGUUCUACUUCUAGCAAAUAUUGUUGGAGCUGCACAAAAUAUCACACCUGAUAUAUUCCAAAUUGAAAGAGAAGGAUUUAUGGAUUAUGGAUGGAUUCAGCUUUGGUUAUGUGAUUCUGAUGAAAUCAAGUGUUUGGUUGAAAACAGCAAUCAUCCCCAACAAAGGCUGAGAAAUAUGUUCUCCAGGUUGCGGCAACUAAGACUCGAAAGAAUGAAGAAGUUUGGAGCUUUAUACCAUGGUGUGCCUCCUAGUGGCCUUUUUGAGAAGCUAGAGCAUCUAUAUAUAAGCAAAUGUCCACUGAAAACACGUCUCUUCACACCUGCGAUUGCUCGAGGUCUGCAACAGUUGGAAAAGCUAGAGAUAUUUUCAUGUGAUGAACUGAAGCAUAUACUUGAAGAUGAGGAGAUAAGUGGACAGGAUCAUAGGGUGAUCUUCUCAAAAUUGAAAAAACUUCAUAUUAUGGGGUGCCAAAUGCUAGAAUAUGUAAUCCCAGUUACUUUUUCUCAAGGCCUUGUGCAAUUGGAGUCUUUGGAUAUAGAUUAUUGUGGUGAGUUGAAAUAUGUGUUUGGAGAAUGCAGCACAGAUGGUGAUACAAGUCAUCAAAAUGGAAUCAACAUUGAGUUUCCUGCGCUUCAGGUGCUUCGACUUACUGAUAAUUGGAACAUGAUUGGCAUUUUCCCCCAGUGUUACAGAGCAGCAUGGCCAUCUCUGCAUAAGUUUUAUUUGGAAUAUUGUCCAAAGCUUAAGAUAAUGUCCAUCAAUACUUUCAAGGCUAAUGAAUGCAAGGACACAGUGGCCAUUGAGAAGGACUUCCUCUCUUGGGAAACCAUAUGCAUACACAAGUCCAAAGUAGAAACUAUUUUUAGCCUCGAACAGGCCGAGAUCAUUGAGAAACCGGUGAGAUUACAGUUAAGACAUCUAGAACUUUCGCAUCUACGUCAGAUGAAGUAUAUUUGUGUAGGAUUGAAAAACUUUUUUGUCUUCCAAAAUCUUAAGACAUUAGAGAUCAAAAGAUGUGAAAAGUUGGAGGUAACCUUUCCUGCUUCUGUUAUGAGAUGCCUUCCGGAAUUGAAGCAUCUAAAGAUUAUAAAAUGCCGGGAACUGAAGUUGAUCAUUGAAGAGGGUGAUGCAGAGAAUCACAGGUUAUCAAAUUGUGUUCCUCCACAGCCAUGCUUCCCAAAGCUGUCUGAACUGAUUAUCACAGACUGCCAGAACUUGGAGAGUUUAUUCCUUGUCCCUGAAUCGAAUGAUCUUUCCAAUCUAGAAGUGCUCAUCAUAGUUGGAGCUGGUAAGCUAAAAGAAUUGAUCAGAUGUGAAGAAAGACAAAGCGAUCAAAUAAGAAACGUGCAAGUUAAGCUUCCAAAGCUUAAACUUCUAAUGCUGAUGUCCAUGUCUAAUCUUUGCCAAGAAAUUGAACUGUCCUCUGCAGCACUUUGUGUCAUCGAUGAAUGUCCAAAAUUCCCUCUGACUUCAUCGGUUGCUACCUUCAAGGAGUUUGAACGAAAAAUCUCUGAAUUGGAUAUAGAUCUGGAGGAUCUGGAAAUAGCUGGAAUUGAUCAAUGGAAAGUACUCGACAGGGUUCGCGAGAUUAAUAAAUCGGAUCAGGUCUUUUCUGAUUCCUUGUUGCUUAUUUUUCUUAUCAAACAAAGCCAUAUUAUGAUUUGGUGUUUCCAGAUCGAAGAAGAAGAAGAAGCAGAGAUCAAAAUUGUUGGAAAAUCUUCUUAUUUUGAUAUACCAUCUACAUCUACAAGUCCCUUGGACAUUGCUGUACAUAAAGCACACUCACAUGAGUUAAUGGAUGGCCAAUCAGUGACUGAACUAUCUUUCACAAAUCAACAAAAGCCUCUCAGCGAAAUCAGGACAGCUCAAAUUCCACAGAGUAUUGAAGGAAUAGAGAAAACCUGUGUUGGAGAAGUUCCAGCAUCACUGAAGCCAAUAUCACCAAUUUUUGGUUCAGAAGUAGUAGCAAAACCUCUAUAUAAAAUACCCUCUAUUAAUGUUGAAGACAAGAUUAAAGAAGGCCAAAAAAUGCAGGAUGUUAAAGAUAGUAUCCAAGAGCAAGAGCAACUUCACUUAUCAGAUAAGCAAGUUGUCUCUAAUAGCAAUAUUGAGGUUCAUGGAGAUUCGUCGAUGAUAACGAAAUUGGAAGCAUUUAAGCAGUGUUCUGAUCUUGAUGAUGCACAAAUUGCACUGCUUGAUGAGGCAAUAGCUGUGUAUCCUCAUCUUUGGAAAGUUGUUGAGGAUUUCAGCAUGCGCUUUCAAGCUUGGAUGUUGAAGACUUUGGUAGAUAUAUUAUUCUUCCUUCGAAACGAAUCUCCGGCCAGCGUUACUCCUCAACGGAAGAAGGACUUCCAGAAACUCUGUGAUGAAGCUAUUCAGUUGGGAUUUGACAAGUCAUGGAUUCAUGAAAUGCAUCAACGUGUUAUGGUUAUGGUUAAGGAUACUAAUGAUAAUAAUAAUAAUGUGGAUCAUGCACAAGAACAACUUGGUGAGCUUCUUAAGAAGCAUGAUCAUCUAACUGAGCAACUUCAAAGCAUUAAGGCAGAAAUUGUUAGUCUCAGAGACUUUGUUGAUUCUCACAAAAGAUGUUUUGAUUUUCUUUGAUUUAUUGAAUUGUUUCUUGUGCAAGAAAGCACUCAAUUACAUGCAUGUGUUUUGUAAUAACAACAUAGCACUCAGUGCUAUCAUUGAUCAUAGCAAAAUUGUGAUGCAGAAAUUGCUGCACUAAAAAA